UGAUUACCAUGAGGACGGGUUCUGCCAGCCUUACCGGGGAAUUGCCUGUGCGCGCUUCAUUGGCAACCGGACCAUUUAUGUGGACUCGCUGCAGAUGCAGGGGGAGAUUGAAAACAGAAUCACAGCGGCCUUCACCAUGAUCGGCACCUCUACGCACCUGUCAGACCAGUGCUCGCAGUUCGCCAUCCCAUCCUUCUGCCACUUCGUGUUCCCUCUGUGUGACGCGCGCUCCCGGGCACCCAAGCCGCGCGAGCUGUGUCGCGACGAGUGCGAGGUGCUGGAGAGCGACUUGUGCCGCCAGGAGUACACCAUCGCCCGCUCCAACCCGCUCAUCCUCAUGCGGCUGCAGCUGCCCAAGUGUGAGGCGCUGCCCAUGCCCGAGAGCCCUGAUGCUGCCAACUGCAUGCGCAUCGGCAUCCCGGCAGAGAGGCUGGGCCGCUACCAUCAGUGCUAUAACGGCUCAGGCACGGAUUACAGAGGAACGGCAAGCACCACCAAGUCAGGGCAUCAGUGCCAGCCAUGGGCCCUGCAGCACCCCCACAGCCACCGCCUGUCCAGCACAGACUUCCCCGAGCUUGGAGGGGGGCACGCCUACUGCCGGAACCCCGGUGGCCAGAUGGAGGGCCCCUGGUGCUUUACGCAGAAUAAAAACGUACGCAUGGAACUGUGUGACGUACCCUCGUGUAGUCCCCGAGACAGCAGCAAGAUGGGGAUUCUGUACAUCUUGGUCCCCAGCAUCGCGAUUCCACUGGUCAUUGCUUGCCUUUUCUUCUUGGUCUGCAUGUGCCGGAAUAAGCAAAAGGCAUCUGCAUCCAUGCCGCAGCGGCGACAGCUGAUGGCCUCACCCAGCCAAGACAUGGAAAUGCCCCUCAUUAACCAGCACAAACAGGCCAAACUCAAAGAGAUCAGCCUGUCUGCAGUGAGGUUCAUGGAGGAGCUGGGAGAGGACCGGUUCGGGAAAGUCUACAAAGGCCACCUGUUGGGUCCUGCCCCGGGGGAGCAGACCCAGGCCGUGGCCAUCAAAACGCUGAAGGACAAAGCAGACGGGCCCCUGCGGGAGGAGUUCCGGCAUGAGGCCAUGCUGCGAGCGCGGCUGCAACACCCCAACAUCGUCUGCCUGCUGGGUGUCGUGACCAAGGAGCAGCCCCUGAGCAUGAUCUUCAGCUACUGUUCGCACGGCGACCUCCACGAGUUCCUGGUCAUGCGCUCGCCGCACUCAGACGUGGGCAGCGCCGACGAUGACCGCACAGUCAAGUCCGCCCUGGAGUCCCCAGACUUCGUGCUUUUGGUGGCGCAGAUUGCGGCAGGGAUGGAGUACCUGUCCAGCCACCAUGUGGUUCACAAGGACCUGGCCACCCGCAACGUGCUGGUGUAUGACAAGCUGACCGUGAAGAUCUCAGACCUGGGCCUCUUCCGAGAGGUGUAUGCCGCCGAUUACUACAAGCUGCUGGGGAACUCGCUGCUGCCCAUCCGCUGGAUGGCCCCCGAGGCCAUCACGUACGGGAAGUUCUCCAUCGACUCGGAUAUCUGGUCCUAUGGCGUGGUCCUAUGGGAGGUCUUCAGCUACGGGCUGCAGCCCUACUGUGGAUACUCCAACCAGGACGUGGUGGAGAUGAUCCGGAACCGGCAGGUGCUGCCCUGCCCCGACGACUGUCCCGCCUGGGUGUACGCCCUCAUGAUUGAGUGCUGGAAUGAGUUCCCCAGCCGGCGGCCCCGCUUCAAGGACAUCCACAGCCGGCUCCGAGCCUGGGGCAACCUUUCCAACUACAACAGCUCGGCGCAAACCUCGGGGGCCAGCAACACUACGCAGACCAGCUCCCUGAGCACCAGCCCAGUGAGCAAUGUGAGCAAUGCCCGCUAUGUGGGACCCAAGCAGAAGGCCCCACCCUUCCCCCAGCCCCAGUUCAUGCCCAUGAAGGGCCAGAUCAGACCCAUGGUGCCCCCACCACAGCUCUACAUCCCUGUCAACGGCUACCAGCCGGUGCCGGCCUAUGGGGCCUACCUGCCCAACUUCUACCCAGUGCAGAUCCCAAUGCAGAUGGCCCCGCAGCAGGUGCCUCCUCAGAUGCUCCCCAAGCCCAGUUCGCACCACAGCGGCAGUGGCUCCAGCAGCACGGGCUAUGUCACCACAGCCCCCUCGAACACCUCCAUGGCAGACAGGGCAGCCCUGCUCUCAGAGGGCACCAAGGACUCACAGAACGCCCCAGAAGAUGGAACCCAGAUCCCCGUGCAGGAAGCGGAGGAGGAGAAGGAAUGCUCUGUCCCAGAGACUGAACUGCUGGGAGACAGUGACACUCUGCAGGUGGACGAGGCCCAAGUCCAGCUGGAAGCUUGAGUGGCACCUGGGCCCAGGGUUUGGGACAGAAGCCCCACUGAUACUCCACAGGGACCUCAGUCACCUUUGAGAAGACAGCAUACCCAGCAGUCAGGAGGGCCCACAGACCAGCGAGCUGGUUUUGCAGACUGGGUGAGGUGGAGUCCUGCUCCUCUCUGUCCUCCGACACAGAGAGCUGCCCUGCCUAAGAGCACCCGAGCCAGGCAGGGGGCCUGGCAGUACAACAUCCUGGGGAGCAGGACACAUGGCCACCCUGGGGGCUGCUUGCAUUGAUUCUGGUGGUAGACUGGUAGUGAGCACCACAUGCCUUGCAAGAAAAUAGGUGGCACCUUCACGCCGUAUCGUAUGUGGAGUGAAUAUUUCAAACGUUGGGAAUGAGGACCUGCAAAAGGCAGCAAGGAGGCACCUCAGGUUUUGAGGUUCCCUGCGACCGGUCUGUUGGUUUGAGGAUGCGGGGGCUCCAUUUCUGCUGCCUCCCUGCCAAGAAUAUUCUCUCCUUAGCAGCCAAAGAUUUGCUGGAACCGAGGCUACCCUCUGCUGCCUGUUGGGGUCGGAAGACAAGGGCUCCUGAAAGGAGAGUUCCUGAGAUAUAACAAAAUGUGUGCCUUUAAAGAAUCCAUCAGCUUUGUAUUUGGUGAAACAGUUUUAAUUAUACUGCAUGUGUAUUUUGCCCACUUUUUGGGAAUUCAAGGGAAAGUGUUUCUUGGGUUUGGAAUGUUCAGAGGAAGCAAUAUUGUACAGAACACAGUAUUGUUAUUUUUUUUUAAGAAUCAUGUACAGACCUUAAAUGUAAUUUAUGUUUUUAAUAUGUCAUUUUCAUUGAAGUAUUGUGAUCUUAAGAUAAUGACUUUAGUAAUUUAACUGUUUACAUUACCCACGUUGGGAUCCAGUUGGUCUUGGUUUGCUUGGCUUUGUACCACGUGCACAUGAAGUUCGUUCAUUUUAGAGCCCCCGUUACACAUAGACCCGCAGGCAGCGGUCUGUAUCCUGCACACAUUUGUAAAUCCCACACCUGGUGUAUCCAAUAAAGUGAAACAAAGCA